CCAAAAGUGGCGUACAAAUACUUAAGACGUACAAAGGCUUUAGACGAUGUUUCAAACUAUUAAGUUAUUGGCAUUGUGAGUCUUUUGGUAAUAAGUACAUUUAUAUGCAUUUAAAUCAAAGGGUAAUUCAAGAAAAUAUUAAUGUUGGAAUUGAAAUAUCCAGAGGAUUAGAUCAGUCAUAAUACAAAAGGCUUAAAGAGAGCCAAAGCUGCAUUUACGUAUAUAAAAAUUACGCGAAGAUAUCAAUCAGUUGCUGCUUUUUCGCUCACUGCGUACGAUAAUGAACCAAAACCUCACACCGCUCCACGCACGCAACGAAAGUAGACGCAACACAUUCGAAAAAGGGUCCACAUUUGAAUGGCGCAAAACAGUUUUUUUGCAACCAGUCUUCUAUAAAAAUAUAAUCGCCAUCUAACUAUGUGAGUCAUAUAUAAGCUGCGCGAAACAAUUGUCUUAUCAAAUAGUAACAGAAGUCGUUAGAAUACGGACGCAUCAUGUAUCGGCUUAUGUGUUUAGUUCUUGUGUGUUCAAUAGUAGCUCUUCCUACUGAUCGGGAUAAUACUGUGGAGCCUACAAUGGAAACAGCCGCUCGGGCGAUGGGAAAGAAUUGCUCCAGCGGAAUCUUCAGUGUUACUUGCUUGAAAAUAGAAGCUAUAUCAGUGCUUGAGAAGCUGAGUUCUAAAGAAGAAUUGCAACUGUUACCAGGAAUAUCUGUCGUUAAAGAACAGAACGAAAAUGGAAGCAACGCUAGAGAAUUUGCUGCUGAAUUGGCGAGAGCUAUGCCCACUAAGCCUGAUGAGCGAUUAGAUAAAUACCUUAUUUACGCAUUAGGGAAUUAUUUGGAUACACAUUCAGUGAAGCUAAGGUUGUUAGAUGACAGUGCCAGUGAGGAAGCGAGGGCUAUGAUUGGGGAGGCGAGGAGGAAAGGGGGGAUGGGAGGAGGAAAAAAAGGAGGAAUGGGUGGACUCAUGGCAAUGGGAAUGUUAAUGAAAGGUACGCUCAUGUCCGUCGGUCUCGGCGGACUCGCGAUGCUCGCGGGCAAAGCUCUGAUGACGGCCAUGAUGUCUCUCCUUCUCUCCGCCAUCAUCGGCAUCAAAUCUCUGUCCUCAGGAGGAAAAUCCACCACCUACGAGAUUGUCUCCAAGCCAGUCUACAGUCAUUCCCAUAGUCACUCGACGGCGCAUGAGGAUGUUGGCGGUGGAUAUGGCCAUUCGGGCUAUGGAAGGAAUUUGAAUGUUAGGAGACGUUAAUUUAAUACGAACGAAUAAUUUAUUAACUAUUUAUUGAUUAGGCUAAGACAUGGUUUAUGUUUGCUUAUUUAUAAUGCUUGAUGUGGAAAGUACAAAGAUUGAAAAGUAGAUUUUUUUGUGUGUGGUCAGAGCACUGUUUUUGUAUAUUUUAUUUUUAUUUGUUAAUUUGUUGUUUUAUUUUUUAAUAACAUAUUUCUUAUGUACUUUAUAUAUUUUUGUGCAAAAAUGUUAUUUUUCACACUAUAUAAAUAUUUUAUAUUUAUUUAUUUCAUUUUGUUAUUAAUAUAUAUCUAAU